AUGGAUGCUAACCGUACGCUCUUCGAAGACGUCAUCGCGGACGAGUUGCCUUCUCCAUCAACUUCAACAUUCAUUGCUGACGAUAUUUUUCUGACGCCCGAUCGUCUGCCUGCUGAAACAGACGCCAGCAACGUCACAGGAAUUGCUGUCAACCCAACCGUAACCACUCAAAGUCACAAGAUUUCCGAGAGGUUUAUCGCCGCAAUGGGUGGGAAAACCACGGGUGAAGAAGAAGAAGAAGAAGAAGAAGAAGAAGAAGAAGAAGAAGAAGAAGAAGUUCGGGAGGAUCGAGUGCCGAUAAUAUGCUGCUCUUGUUGCAUACCAAAAUUGGAGAAGAACAGUAAUCUCAGAGCUCGUCAGAACUCAGCCAGCAAUCUGGACCCGUACAGACGGCCGCCAAUUCCUCCCAUUGGCCGUAAAUAUGAUGGAUACGAUUCGUAUAUCAACGUUUUCAAUCGUUCGGAUGCGUUGGACGGCCUAAAAAAGCCUGAACCAGUGGAUGAAAGGACGCUUGCUAUCAACAUAAGAAGCAUCCGGGGUGUGCCGCAUGUUCAUCUUCAACCUGAUGAAUACAGAAAUUUACCGCCGCUGAAAACGCAGUACGAACGUGGAUCCGGAAGUGGUGAUCCCGGAAUCGGAUUUUCGAUUCUUGUUGUUUUGUUUUUCUUUAUCAUCGAGAUUGAAGGAGAAGCCGAUAAGAUUGAGGACAACGCUGGAAUUACUGCAUCAUCUUGCUGGGAGUGUCGUGACGUUCGAGUUCCCCUUUUGGAAAUAAUAGUGAUGAAUUUCGAAUAUCUUUGGAACGGUAUUUCAAAAGCUGCUAGCUCACUACAUGUCGGGCAACGUAGAUUGUGA